AUGGCCUCUAUUACUGCUGCUUAUGACUUCAAAUAUUUCCCCCGUUAUGGAAAAUGGACCAAGGAAAUGCAAAUGGAGCUGGAUGAACACUCCCGUCGGAUGGUUAAACUUAUGAACCAUGUUCAGGAUUUAUACAAAUCAAACAGCCAAAAGAAGAAAGAUCAGCAGAGAGAGGACACUGAUGCUGAUUGUAUGAUUGCUCCGGAAUCUCCAGUUUUCAGUCAAUCCCCUUCGACUUCUCCAGCACCAGAAUCGCCAUGCCAGUCGACGUCUCCACAAGUACCAGCCCAUCAGGAAGCGAUGCCAAUGGAACAGAACUAUCCACCAGUCAACUGCACCGUCUACUACUAUCCAACACCUGCAGAAUGCCAAUACUCUCCAGUCUACCCAGGAAUCAAAAACCAAGGAUGUACCUACUAUCACCAUUAA